ACAAAAAAAAAAAGAAAGUAAAACAUUCCAUACGUUGUCGCUGCACAAUGGGAAACGGAGAAUCUACUGUGUACAUGAGACCUUCUCAAAUUCGUUAUACGCACGAUAGCAUCCAGGCAAAUUUUCGAAAUGGAACACCCAUGGAAGAGACUUUUCGCCAACUCGUAUUUCAAAAAAUCCAAGUAGACAGUCUACCUAUGAUUGAAGUCACGCAGCAUAACGGCUAUUGGUAUGUAGUGCGAGGAAACAGAAGACUUUUCCUUCUGAAGAAAUUAGAAAGAUUGGGCCGAGUGACUACCGUCCAGAUGGUCAACAAACCCUUUGAUUCAGAUGUGUUCAACAGACAGAAUACGACAAGGAAUAUGGGGUUGAGCAUCAGGAUAAGGGGCGAUCCAGAUUUAGAGCAGAAACUAAACCAAAUUUGGAACGAAUAUCAAAAUUCUUGGUCAUGUAUAGUUUCGUAGCCCGGGCAAAAGAUGAUGUGUGCAUCUAGCUUUCCAUCCCUCAUAUUUAGUCUUUGCAUAAAUUACCAUUGUAAGACUAUGUUUUAUUAUUAUUCUUUUAGCAAUAAAAAAUAUAUAAACUUGUACAAA